GGCUGCGGUAGGAGGUAACCAUGUGGUUCCAGCUCAAUUUUUUUUUCCUCUCUUUCUCCACUCGGUUCUCUUUCCAAACAGGGAAAAGUGUUGCACGGCGCGGUAGCGCCUUGUCGCCUCGCCUUUUCCCUCCCUGACCCUGGGCCGGGCUCUUGCCCUGGCGCGAGCUGCUGGGGCCAGGGCUAAAAGCCCUCGGUGCCCCGGGAGCGCAGCGCGCAGGGGACCCGGGCGCGGGGACCUCCCGCACAUGGCUGCAGCCCCCCGCGCGCACCCCGAGGCGCCGCGCCCAGCUCGCAGAAGGUCCGUCGGCUGCGCCCCGUCGUCCUGCAGCCCGGCAGCGCUGAACGGGGAAGUGCCCGUGUCCAGGGAUCGGCAUGUCCCUCCUCUUCCUCUGGCUAGUUUCUUACUAUGUUGGAGCACUGGGGACUCACACUGAGAUCAAGAGAGUGGCAGAGGAAAAGGUUACUUUGCCCUGUCACCAUCAACUGGGGCUUCCAGAGAAAGACACCCUGGACAUUGAAUGGCUGCUCACUGACAAUGAGGGGAAUCAGAAGGUGGUGAUUACCUACUCCAGUCAUCAUGUCUACAAUAACCUGACUGAGGAACAGAAGGGCCGAGUGGCCUUUGCUUCCAACUUCCUGGCAGGAGAUGCUUCCCUGCAGAUUGAACCUCUGAAGCCCAGUGAUGAGGGCAGGUACACCUGCAAAGUGAAGAAUUCAGGACGCUAUGUUUGGAGCCAUGUCAUCUUAAAAGUCUUAGUGAAACCAUCGAAACCCAAGUGUGAGCUGGAAGGAGAACUGACAGAAGGCAGUGACCUAACGCUGCAGUGUGAGUCAGCAUCUGGCACCAAGCCCAUUGUGUAUUACUGGCAGCGAAUCCGGGAGAAGGAGGGAGAGGAUGAACACUUGCCACCCAAAUCUAGGAUUGAUUACAACAACCCUGGACGAGUUCUGCUGCAGAAUCUUACAAUGUCUUCCUCUGGGCUGUACCAAUGCACAGCAGGCAAUGAGGCUGGAAAAGAAAGCUGUGUGGUACGAGUGACUGUUCAGUAUGUACAGAGCAUUGGCAUGGUUGCAGGAGCGGUGACGGGAAUAGUGGCUGGAGCCCUGCUCAUUUUUCUUCUGAUAUGGCUGCUGAUCCGAAGGAAAGACAAAGAGAGAUAUGAGGAGGAAGACAGACCUAACGAAAUCCGAGAAGAUGCGGAAGCCCCCAAAGCCCGACUCGUGAAGCCCAGCUCCUCCUCCUCAGGCUCUCGCAGCUCACGCUCCGGUUCUUCCUCCACCCGCUCUACAGCUAAUAGUGCCUCCCGCAGCCAGCGGACACUGUCGAGUGAAGCAGCACCCCAGCCAGGGCUAGCCACCGAGGCAUACAGCCUAGUGGGACCAGAAGCAAGAGGUUCUGAACCAAAGAAAGUCCACCAUGGUACCCUGACCAAAGCAGAAACCACGCUCAGCACGAUCCCUAACCAGAGCAAAGCCUUCCAAACUGUCUGAAAUACAGUGAACUUGACUUGUGCUUUUCCAGGAGGCAGGAUCUUAGUCUAGCCAUUGGAACCCAUUCACCAACCACACAACCCCCUCAGCCAGAUAAGAAGUCAGCUAAGUAGCAGUGAACAUGGCAUGGAGCAGAUUCAGAUGGGCACCUUCCUUCUAUGACACCAAAUGAACAAAAGGAUGUAUGCUGACCAUCUCUAACAGGGCAUCCUUGUGCCUUUAGAUCAGAGUAGGGGGAGGGAGGGGUUCAAAUCUGUUUGCUGACAAGCACUUGUGGUGAGAAAAGAGAAAGAUGAGGUUGCAUAGACCUCAAACGCCUCACCAAGGAUGUUUCAAGUAUCAAAUCACAAUUGUAAAGAAGAAAUGGGAAUCCUGUUCAUAAUUUUUUUCUAUUCACUUCUGCAGAUUUAUUGGAUUAUUGUGAUUAUUCAGAUAGUCAAAACAGAAACCCACAGCCUUAUAUUAUACCUAUCUGCAACAUGUACUGGUCUAACUGCUUCUAAGGAACUCCAAAUAUUAAGAGGAGGAGGAGGGAGAAGGGGAGGAGGAAGAGAAGAAAUGUUUCUUCUAUUUUGACUUGACUUCAUGUGUCAGAAGAUUUGGACAUUAGUUUAAAAAGGAUCUGAAAUAGUGGGAGACAGAGAAAAAUGAUUUUCUUUUAUUUUUAUCCAUAACUAGUCUUCCUACUUCCAUUGAACCCUAAAAUAAGAGCUAAGAAAGGAGUCCAAAAUGGGACAUAAUUCUGUGAAAAGCUUUCUGUUUUGAUGUUCAGAGGAUUGCUACAGAUAUCAAAAAUAUAUGUUGGAGCAGUCGUGGAUUGUCCCUCAAAUCUGAUGCCCUAAAGACCUAGGUAUUGCUAGAAGAAACAAAUACUCAUUACAUGCCACUUAAUGGAUGUCCUUAGGAAAAGAGUCUUAUAGAGAAAAUGAGGUCUAGGGAUGUUGAAAGAUCCCCUGGCAUACCAGUACAGUCACACUCCUCUUUCUGAGGACACAUGAAACCAGAAUUUCAAGGCUGACUGGACUAGCUAGAAAAAGAGAUUAGAUUUUUCUCGUAAUAGGUCAAAGAGUGAUAUAAGGAAGUUUAUUUAAUAUUACCCCAAAGUUGAAGAUUUCUCCAUCUCUUUCAUUUUAGACGGAUGUAAAUGUGGGACAGUUGAUGAUUCUAGGCCUUAAAGCAUCAGAAAGAUAAUUUCCUAAAAGCCUUGCAAGUACAUGCACAAAUCACUGGCCCCCCCAUCCCCGCCAGAUUCUGAAGCAAACCUCAGUAUCUCCUCAGCUUUAGCCUCUAAGAAAGCCUAACUCUGUGCUGAAAGGAAAGCAAAGUAAUAUUUAGGCAAGAGGUGGUAAGAAUACCAAGUGGGUGGUGGGGAAUGGAUCAGCUAGCAUGUUAUGAUUUUUGUUGUCAACAUCUUGGAAAAAAUUAGAAAGGAUUCACCAGGAAAAUUAUCGAGACAGCUAAUCCAUGAGAGAACAAAGAUGUCUGAAAAAUUAAAAAACAAACAAACAAAAAAAAACCCAAGCAGCAGCCUCAAAUACAGUAACUUGCCUUUCUAAUAGUUUUGACUCUUAGGAUAUCUAUGGCCUAGAUGCUGAAUCUAAAUUAGUCUUUCAAGGAACAUAACACAAAAAGUUGAUCAGUAUGGGUAGAGCAGAACAUUUCUUAUUAUAAUGAGAAGGCAGCAAAUCAGAGGGAAGAAAAGUGAUACUGAGUUGUGAUUAAAGCCUUGUCUCUAAUACGGAAACCAACUGCUGUUGGGGAAAAGGGUGAUAUUCAGUACUGCCCCUUUCUGUGGUCUUUUCAUUCCUACAUUUAAUUCUCAUGGUACUGUACUCACAGAAUAUAAGUGUAUUUCCUUCCGAAGUCCCUAGGAAAUUAUCCUUGGGUUAAGGUUUUCUGUUUUUGUUUUGGAUGGGCCUCACGCAUGCUAAAGUGAAAUUUUAACCUGUUUUGUCUUCCUCUUAAAAAAGAUAGAAAAUAAGAGGUAUUGAGGAAUAACAUAAAGAAUGUCUAUUAAUUUAAGAGAACUGGCAUAUGAAAUCUUGUAAGAACAGUUAUCUCAUUGUAAGACUUUUUAAAAAGCUCCUUACUCUGACUACAUUUUUAUUCUUCUUAGAGGAUGGUAUCCAGGCAACAUAUCUCUUCCGCUAUGUAAUUCUGAGAAUUCUCAUUCCUGGAGUCCCUGAGCCAAACAAGUUCACAAUGGAAGCUGCAGCUGUGUCAUCCCUAGCAAUUUUCUCUACUAUUUUUUACCUUUGAGCCUCAGGUUUCCUGCCUGUGCUUUAAAAGCAAGAAUCAAUCUCCUUUGAAAAGGCGAUUCAAAUUAUUUAAACAUGUUAUUAGAAACUAAUGCCAUCAAAUAUCCAAAUUAUUUGGGAAAGUCAUUUGAAACAGAAAACUACAACAAAUACACAAAACAGAUUACACUGAAGGCUGAAAAAGUCUUAGCAGUGACAAGCUAGUCUUAGGAAUGGCAGGGCUCUUCUCUUGGGUUCAGAUAAGACAGGACAUAGUAGUGAUAAAGUGAGAGGCACUACCAGUUCCAAAUCAUAUCCCAUUGACUUUGCAAUCAAGUAGACUGAUUUUUUAAAAGUAUGAAACACAGGGAAAAGAAUAACUAAAUGGCAGAAGGAGAAAAAAAGUUUGUAAGAAGAAAAUGCAGACAGAAUAAUGUUAAUGUUUAAAGAGUAACCAUUUCAAUAAAAUAUAUAAGCCAAACUUAAAUUUGUAAAACAGUAAAAUUGAUGUCUUUGUUGUCAUCUUGUAUAAAAACAAUUUCAGAAUUGCUGUUCCAAAAAGACAUUUAUAGCUUUGUUUCAUUUCUGGUGUUAAGUGGUUUCUGUUUCUAUCUUCUAUGUUGCCUUGUAACUGGGAUUGUAUCACAAAACCAAGUAUUUAUAUAGAUCCAUCUGUAACAGCAAUUAAAAAAUAAAUAAGUGAAGGUGAUACUGCAGGAGAGGCUGGAGCUCACGUGACCUGCACUGGAAAUUUAUCAGCUUACUGCCAGAAGAAUGGAUGAAUGCAGACUGAAUCUGAUCUAUUUUUAUUGAUUCCAGACACAAAUAUAUGAAGUUUUUUUUUUUUCUUCACAAGACAACAUGUUAAGUGUGAGUACCACAGAAGAUACCAAGGGGUGACAGAGUUGCUGCUAAGGACUUCAUCACAGUCAACAUAUAAUAAGUACUAAGCGAGUAUUUUGUGCCAAGGUAAAGUACCAACAGAGAAACCAACGAUAUGGGAUUUCAAUAAAUCCAAAAACAGAAGUAAAUACUAAGAGAGUCAAAAAAAUCUGAAAGCAGCUUCACAGAGGGCCACGUAACUCUACUAGAAAAAAAGAAAGAAAACAAAACAAAAAAAACCAGGUGGGUGUUGCAUGCUUGUAAUCCCAGCACUCAGAUGGAGUCCAGAGGAUUAGAACAUCUUUAAGUUCCAGGCCAGCCUAGGCUACAUGAAACUCUGUUUCAGAGAAAGAGAGAACAAUAGUAAUAAAAGUACUUAUCACUGAAA